AUGCCUCCCACAGACGUCUUCAGCUCAGGCUCUACCGCCUUGAUCACUGGAGCCGGAGCAGGCAUCGGCCUUGCCAUUGCAAAGAUAUGCCGAAGCAAGGGCAUGCGAGUGCUCCUCGUCGACAAUGACGAAGAAGCUCUUGAGAACUUGACCAAGCAGCACUUCCCAGAUGACUCCGACGUCGUCACCUCGAAAGUCGAUGUAACAUCAACUUCGGACUGGCAGGCUUUGAACAAGCUCGCCAAGGACAAGUUCGGCACCGUUGAGCUCUUGGUGUUGAACGCAGGACGGGGAAUGAAGGGUACAUGGGGUGAUGAGAGCUAUUUUAGAGAUACCUUGGAGACCAAUCUCUUCGGUGUCAUCCACGGGAUCAACGCUUUCCUCCCUGUCGUUCAGGAAGCCGCCAAGUCAAAGCCAACAAGCAUCGUCAUCACCGGAAGCAAGCAGGGUAUCACCAACCCUCCCGGUAACGCAGCAUACAAUGCCUCAAAGGCAGCGGUCAAGACUCUAGCUGAGCACUUGAGCUACGAUCUCAAGGACCAAAGCACGAGCGUCCAUCUUCUCGUCCCUGGCUGGACCUUUACUAACCUCGCUGGCGCAAAGGUGUUCAAAGAGAAACCAGAUGGAGCCUGGACACCCGAACAAGUUGCAGAGUAUCUGUAUGAGAAAAUGGGCAAGAAUGAAUUCUACAUUAUUUGUCCUGAUAACGAUGUUUCUGAGGAGAUGGAUAAGAAGCGCAUGACGUGGACUAUGGGCGAUGUGGUGGAGAGACGACCACCACUGACUCGACGGCGUGAGGAGUGGAAGCAGGAGGCAGAGGAAACCAUGGCUAAGAUGGAUGUUUAA